AUGUUGUCUUCCAGAACCGCCUUCCGUCGUACUUUCACAACCUCGGCCUCUCUUCUCAAGAGCUUGAAAAUCGGGUUGAUUCCUGGUGAUGGGAUUGGCCGGGAAGUUAUUCCAGCAGGUAAAGCUAUUCUCGAGAACCUUCCCAAGGACCUCGACUUGCAGUUCGAGUUUGUCAACUUGGAUGCCGGUUUCGAAUUAUUCCAGAAGACUGGAACUGCCUUGCCAGACAAGACUGUGGAAGUGUUGAAGAACGAAUGUGACGGUGCUCUUUUUGGCGCUGUGUCUUCUCCAACCACUAAGGUAGCAGGCUACUCUUCUCCCAUUGUCGCAUUGAGAAAGAAGUUAGGAUUGUAUGCUAAUGUACGUCCUGUCAAAUCUGUUGAAGGAAUCGGCAGACCAGUCGAUAUGGUCAUCGUCAGAGAAAACACCGAAGAUUUGUACAUCAAGGAAGAAAAGACCUACAAAGCUGAAGAUGGUACCAAGGUUGCUGAGGCUAUCAAGAGAAUUACCGAGACUGCUACCACCAGAAUCGCCAAGGUCGCCUACGACAUUGCCUUGCAAAGACAGGCAAUUAGAGAUGCAUCUCCAAACUUGAAGUCGUUGCACUCCAAGCCUUCCGUCACAGUGACCCACAAGUCCAAUGUAUUGUCGCAAUCUGAUGGUUUGUUCAGAGAAACUUGCAGAAACGUCUAUGAUGCCAACCAUGAAGAAUACGCAGGUAUCGACUACAAGGAACAGAUUGUCGACUCCAUGGUCUACCGUAUGUUCAGAGAACCGGAAAUCUUCGAUGUUGUCGUGGCUCCUAACUUGUAUGGUGACAUCUUGAGUGAUGGAGCUGCUGCUCUUGUUGGCUCACUUGGUGUUGUUCCAUCGGCUAACGUUGGUGACAGCUUCGCCAUUGGUGAACCAUGUCAUGGUUCGGCUCCAGACAUUGAAGGUAAGGGUAUUUCAAACCCUGUCGCUACCAUCAGAUCCACCGCCUUAAUGUUGGAAUUCAUGGGCUACCCUAAGGCUGCCGCAAAGAUCUACGAAGCUGUCGAUGCUAACCUUUCUGAAGACAAGAUCAAGACUCCUGACUUGGGUGGUUCUUCUACUACUCAAGAAGUCAUCGACGACAUCAUUAGACGUUUCUAA